CUUUCGCCUGCAGCAGACCUUUAUCCGCUUUCAAUGGCAUGGCCCGAGUUAGUCUCUCGAUUUGGCCCAGUAAGGUUGCCUUCGAUGGCAUGGGCCGGGUUAGUCUCUCGAUUCAGACCAGUAACGCACGCCUCUCCUAGACGCUUGAAAAAUUCAAAAUGGCGCUGCUCGCCCCUGUCAGCCUCACGCCCACACCACCGAAACUUUUCGAAAAAUUCCCCAACAAAAUCCCAGCCCGGCCCGGGCAACCCCCGCCUCCACUCCGGCGACCACACCUCACCUCCUCAUUUGCCGGUUCGUCGGCGGCAUGGGAACGGACUACCCCACCUUCGCGGACGUCUCCGGGGCCAGCGCCCUCCUCUUCCUCGCCGACUCCUCGCCUCCGCCUCCUCCCGCUCUCAGCGACGAGCUCUCCUGUAACUCGGGCUCCUCCUCCUACUCCUGCACGUCAGCGAGGUCGUGCGUUUCCGACUCGGCAAGGCGCGGCCGCCCCGUCGAUCCCCUCCGCGUGCUCGCCGUCGUCGCCUCCCUCCGCCGCAUCAACCCUAAGGUGCUCGCCGAGGCCACAAGCACGCUGUUCCACAGCGGGGCGGAGAAUAAGCGGAAGGGUGUGUGGAUCGAUAUCGACAGCUACAACGACGACGAGGACCAGAGCGAGAGGAGCAGCGCGGUGGCCAGCGAGGGGAGCAUCGUCACGGCCGCCGCGUCCGUGGGCUCCACGGCCACGUCGGGUAGAUGCCGCCGGCCUCCGCGGGCGAGUGAUUGUGGGGGUGGUGAGAAGCCGCCGAGGAGGGCAGACGUGAUCAUGCAGUGGUUUUCGCGGUCGCAAGCUGGGCCGGCCACGGAGAACGAUAUCCGCGCCGCGGUUGGGGACAACUCCGGGACGAGCAAAGCGAUACGCUGGCUGCUGAAGCAGAAGGGGGGCUUGCGGCGAGCAGGCACUGGUGGCCCCUUGGAUCCGUAUGUUUAUAUGGUCGCAGAAUGACCGGUGAAGUUAUCUAAGUUGUGUUUAGAGCAAUGGGGAUGUUUACUGUGAGGCUAUUGGAGAGGCCAAGUUGUCUUCUGAAGAGUAUUUAGUAAUUUCUGUAACCUGUUGUCUUAAUGUCCCAGUUUUGCCUUCCUACGGAAGUUGUCAUGUUAGCACGAUGAAGAUAAGCUCUUGGACAAAAUAUUGGAGAGAUAUAUAGAUAUAGAAUCUUAAAUAUAAGUUUAGUACAAAAAUUAUAGUGAUGCAUCUAUCAAACUUCUUUGUUCAUUUAUGCUGAGCUGAUAUAUCAUAUAAUCGAAUAUAAUUUUUUUGGAUACCUGAAUAUUAAGCGUUCA